UGCAGCAGUCAGGGAAGGAACGUUAUCACCAGCACCACGACCGCUCGCUCCGACCACCUCGCCGUCUCGUCUCUCGCGGAAGCAAGCAGAGCGCGGUAGUGAGCAGGCAUGGCUAACUGGCUUGCCGGCAGCAGACCUCCCGUCACCUUCUCGCGCUGCCCCCGCUUGACUGGUCGACAUGCUGUUGUACAAUGUAGCACUUCAUUGAGCACACCAACAAUGUCUGAAGCCGAACCUUCACCAGCAGAAUCUUCAGUGCUUGUUCAAGGUGAUACCGCCCCUCUGGUUUGUGCACUGCAAUCAACUGCCAGACAAGAUGUUUCCUGCUUUCACUUCCCAGGACACAACAGAGGAAAAGCCGCUCCAUCUUCCUUGUCGAAACUUAUUGGCCCAGGGGCAUUUUUGCAUGACUUACCUGAGCUACCUGAGCUCGAUGAUCUCUUCUCCCCAAAAGGUGUGAUUCUAGAUGCUCAGAUUCGAGCAGCUCAACUGUUUGGGUCAUCUAAAACUUGGUUCCUUGUCAAUGGAACUACCUGUGGAAUCCAGGCCUCAGUGAUGGCUACCUGUUCUCCCGGUGACUACCUCAUUGUGCCGCGAAACUGCCACAUUUCAGUGAUCUCUGCGUUGGUCUUAUCUGGUGUGGUGCCUAAAUACAUAAUACCGGAAUAUAAUUCUCGGUGGGACAUUGCUGGUGGUAUCGCCCCAUUGCAGUUGGAUGAAGCAGUAAAAGAGCUGGAAGAGGAUGGAAAGAGGGUAGGCGCUGUUCUGGUUACUUCACCAACCUACCAUGGUGUAUGCAGCAAUGUGCAAGGUAUUGUCAGUGUUUGUCAUCCACGAGGCAUUCCAGUUAUAGUUGACGAGGCACAUGGAGCGCAUUUCAGGUUCCACGACAGAUUUCCAAGCACGGCAAUUGAGCAAGGUGCUGACCUAGCUGUGCAAUCCACGCACAAGGUCCUGUGCUCACUUACACAGUCCUCAAUGCUUCACAUGGCUGGAGAUCUUGUGGAUGUAGAUAAAGUAAGCCAGUGCCUUCAGCUCCUCCAGAGCUCGAGCCCGAGUUACCUCCUAAUGUCAUCUUUAGAUGCUGCAAGAGAUCAGCUGAGCAAGAACACAAAUAUAUUUGAUGAGCCAUUAGCUAUAGCAUCGGAAACAAAAUACCAACUGAUGAGAAUCCCAGGGAUAUCUGUUCUGGACUUGCCAUGCUUUGCUUCUGAUUUCCCUGCUAUUGAUCCAUUGCGUAUCACACUAAGUGCUUCAGAUCUGCAAUUAUCGGGAUAUGAAGCUGAUGACAUUUUAUAUGAAGAUCAUCAAAUUGUCUCUGAGCUAGUUGGCACACGGGCAGUGACAUUUGCAGUCAACUUAGGAACCAGAGUGCAAGACGUUGAUAAACUUGUGCAAUCUGCAAAGCAUCUAUCAGAAAAAUAUUUCUUUGCAAAUAGCUCUAAACAUAUGGAGGAAAAUCGUGUGUGUGGCCCAUUAGAGAAUAUCUCUGUGCAUCUGACUCCAAGAGAGGCCUUCUUUACAAAGAAGAGGAGAGUGAGAAUUGAGGACAGCCUUGGUGAAAUUUGUGGUGAGCUAAUAUGCCCUUAUCCACCUGGUAUCCCAGUUCUGAUUCCAGGCGAGGUAGUAACCCAUGAUUCACUGUCUUACUUGAUGAGUGUCAGACGCCAAGGCAUCACAAUCAGUGGAGCAGUUGAUGCUGAGCUAAAUUCCAUUCUGGUGUGCAACUUGUGAUGAUUACCCUGUUGUUUUCAGAAGACUAUUGCAGAGAUACCGUGGGAGAGAUCAAUUAUAGUUUAGGCCAAGUCAAGAGCACAAUCUACUGUCUGCUUGAUGGAUGUGAACUACAGUUGCGUUAAACCAAUGGCUGGCCACUUGGCCAUAAUUUAGGUUGUGUUCUGUCUGAGCUGAAAGGUUUGCCAAGCCACAACAUAUGAUGCCAAAGUAUGAAUAGGGUCUAUAGCAUGUGAUCUCUUGUGAGUUUGAAGUAUGAAUUGCUGGGGAGGCUACCUUUUCAUCUGAAGUGCCUUGCAAUGUAAUGGUUUCCUCUUUGGUUCUCUUCAGAAUAGGAGGUUCAGUCUGAACUGGCAGUAAAGCUCAAGCAUCAUAUGCAAGUUUGUACACCUUCAUAGUUCUGCCUCCGGCCGCGUGUUGCAGGGCUUCUGAAGCAAGUACUCUCUAGCUUCUCUUCUAAGUUUAUCCAUCAACUCAUGAAUUCACAAAUAUUCCACAACUUGUACAUACAAAAGGGAAAUAUAAGAAUGGACCGCAUCAUUGUGAUCACAACCUUUUCUUUUUCAUUUUGUAGAAUGGUACUCGUACUCUAUAUAAGAAAUGAAGGGUGCUUACAAAUCAAGACCUUGACCCAAACCUGGAACUGAAAACAGGAUACAAUAAUAGUUGCAGAUGAUUUGGUCACGGUAAUUGUUUAUUUAAAGUUUCAUAGGCCCCUAUACAUUGCCAUCAACAACCAUGAAGUAAUGUGAUGAUGAUGAUGACUAUGAUGAUGCAGUUGGGUUUGUCACGGGCUGGCGUUCUUUCCCUAACAAAAGCUCACCAUAAACAAUAAGGACUUGUGAGCUAACGCUCUGCCCCCAGGCCCCCACUGUGUUGUCGGUUUCUUUCCCAUUUAUUUAAGCACAUACAAACAGCAUUUGGACUCAUCGGCCUCACUUAAUCCAACCCUCUCAUGAUAAACAUUUAAGCAAGCAGACAGGCAUUUAUAUUAGUUAGAGCCUUAAGAUUCCCACUAACAGAACAGUCCACCGUCUGACAGGCGGGACCAUGUCCCUCCGUACCAGGCAUAAAAGACAGAUAGUUGAAUUGGUUCUGGCAGGAUGCUAACUACAGCAAGAUCAUGUGAACGCUCUAUUUCUAUAGAAAAGGAUGUAUGAAUAUAGUUUUGUUU